GCUUACUCUUUGUUCCCAGUCACUUCAACCAUUCCAUCUAAAACUAAUAGAAAAUACCGAAUCUAGAGAUUUGUUAGUAGCACAGCCCGAAUAGUAAGCAAAUAUUCAAUUAGGCCUGCGUAACGCAACAAAUCAGCUCGUCGUACGCCCGCUUCGCCGCUGGUCUUGGUGAUUCAUGGUCUUACUUGGCAUUGUACCAACAUCUUACAUAAAGCCGAGGCUCGCGGCAAUAAUCCACUAAUCUCAACUACCUUAACUUUCUCAACUCUUUAUGCUUGCCCAAACUACAGCUUGGAACCGUCACUACACCUCAGUAGAACUACGCUUAUAGUAUCCACGAUCUGAACACACUACAAUGUGUCUCGGACGCAAAGAUAGAACCGACGAUCCAGCUCCUAAACCCGUCCAGACCCGACCAUCAUCAAGCACCCCAAAUCCAAAAGUCAGUAUGCCUCAAGACUACGCACCUCCUCCUGGACUGCCGCCAUCUCGCCGGCAGGGCCAAUCUCAACCUCAAUCUCCGUACUACCCUCCACCCCCAGGCCCCCCUCCCUCCCACUCUCAGAAUUACCAGCCUCCGGCCGGUCCGCCGCCACCACCACCACCACCAUCAUCAGAUACCAAGAACAACCCGUUCUUCAACAACCCCCCCAUCCCCUCCGCCGGAUCCCGAGCCGAGGCAGAGGAAUACGCGCCGCCUCCCGGCCCCCCACCAUCAUCCCAUCAUAAAGAAAAACCGGCUCCGCAGCACGAUUGGGAAGCCGCGGUCCCGGACACGGCGCUGCUUCCCCCGCCGCCGGAUUUCUUCGCCGGGUACGACCGCUCGCCCGCGAACAACGCGUCCGAGGACGAGUGCGAGGCGGGCGAAUCCUGGUGUCGCGCGAACCCACUCUACCAUCCUACACCUGCCAACGCGAAUACGUACGCCCUCGCCGCCGCGGCGCAGAGCGGUAACGUGACCGUGUACGCGCCGCCCUUCUUCUUCGCGGCGAAGAAGAAGAGCUCGCUAGACCAACUCGGCCCCGGGGCGUCGUGGCGCGCGAGGAGCGCGCGCGGGUGCGCGGACACGUGUCUGACGACCUGGCCGCCUUUGUACCAGGUCGCGGCGCAUAGUCCGCUGGCCACGGGGCGGGGGAAGGUUGCGUACUACGAGGUGCGGAUCCUGCGAGACGAAGUUCGGCCUGGCGAGGAGGAGGAGGAGGAGGUGCCCCUCGCGCUCGGCUUCUGCGCGCCGCCGUACCCGGCUUUCCGGCUGCCCGGGUGGCACCGCGGCAGCGUCGCCGUGCACGGCGACGACGGGCACAGGUACGUCAACGACCGGUGGGGCGGGAAGGAUUUCACGGAACGGUUCCGGGUCGGUGAGACUAUCGGUUUAGGCAUGGAGUUCCGCGUUCGGGAAGAGGGAGGAUUGGAAGUCCAGGUUUUCCUGACGAGGGAUGGGGUGGAGAGAGGCCGCUGGGAUUUGCACGAGGAGACGGACCGCGAGCAGGAUUUGCCGGUUACGGGGCUGGAGGGGUAUCAUGAUCUGUGUGCUUCGGUGGGGGUUUUCGGGAAGCUGGGCUUGGAGAUUGUGUUUAAGCCGGCGGGGUGGAUGUGGAGAGGGUAUGAGGGUUGAUUUUUCUUUUCUUUUCUUUUUUUUCCGCUACUGCGGUUUCUGUCUUUUGAGGUGGGUGAUGCUUCGUGGUAGGAGCGAGAGCGUUGGGAAAGGGGUUUAUCAUCGGGCGUAGCGUAUGGGUUAAUUGUGUCUAGAGGCUCUGUGCAAACUCGUUCAUACUCGUAUUGCUAUUCUUUUUAUCUGAUUUGAAACUCAGCGGAACAUUGAUAGCGUUGACCGUUGCAUCUUUUGGUUGCGUAUAGUUCUAUCUUUGGUGCUUUUCAAUUCCGGACUCCAGUAACGGCGUAUAUGAACCAGGAAAAUGAUGAGAUUGUUCGUAUUCGCUGUUGAAGUACCUACAUAGUUUAUCUAUAAUAAUGAUGCCCAUCG